AUGGCACCUGCAGCUAUUCCCAGUUCUGAGUCCAAUGGAACUCAUGAAGUUCACGCUUUGAAGAAGCAACCUACUCAUUCUACACCAAGGCUCACAUCUGCAGAUGUGAUCCAAAUGGAACACCGGUAUGGGGCACACAAUUACCACCCAUUGCCUGUAGUCUUUGACUCCGCGAAGGGAUCAAAGGUUUGGGAUCCAGAGGGCAAGGAAUACAUUGACAUGCUCUCAGCGUACUCGUACGUGCCGUCUUCUGCGGGGGGACAUUGUCAUCCAAAGAUUGUUGCAACACUGAUAGAACAAUCGCAGAAGCUGACGCUUUCGUCGCGCGCGUUCUAUAACUCUGUGUUUGGCCAGUUUGCCCAGCAAAUCACAGAGAUGUUUGGCUAUGACAUGGUCCUUCCGAUGAACACCGGUGCUGAAGCCGUGGAAACCGGUGUGAAGUUGGCGAGGAAGUGGGCUUACACCCGCAAGGGGGUUAAGGAAGGCGAAGCCAUCGUGCUUAGCGUAGAGGGUAACUUCCAUGGCCGCACAUUAGGCAUAAUCAGCAUGAGCACUGACCCAGAAAGCCGAGGUGGCUUCGGGCCUUAUUUGGACAAGGUUGGGCCCACGUUUGAUGACGGCGGGAAGAUGAGAACUAUCAGAUAUGGCGAAAUAUCUGACGUGAGGCGCGCAUUGGAGUUAUAUGGAGACAAAGUUGCCGCAUUCCUCGUGGAGCCCAUCCAAGGCGAAGCAGGAAUCGUCGUGCCUCCUGAGGGGUAUCUGUCGGAAGUUCAUGCCUUGUGUAAGAAGCACAACGUUCUCUUAAUCUGCGAUGAGAUCCAAACCGGCCUCUGCCGAACAGGAAAGAUGUUGGCAUGUGAGUACGAUAACAUUAGACCAGACGUCAUCCUUUUGGGCAAGGCGCUCUCCGGCGGAGUUUACCCCGUCUCGGCCGUUCUUGCCGACAAGGACAUCAUGCUCUGCAUUCAGCCUGGGGAGCACGGAAGUACAUACGGAGGAAAUCCGCUUGGUUGUGCAGUAGCGAUGACGGCAUUGCGUGUACUCGUGGACGAACAAUUGGCGUCGCGUGCUCAAGUUCUCGGGGAGAGGUUCCGCAAUGCCAUCACUGCCUUCGAGAGUCCCCUCGUUCAGACUGUAAGAGGGCGAGGGCUGCUUAAUGCCGUGGUUAUCAACGAAGGUGUAAGCAAGAAGGGCAGGACGGCGUGGCAAUUUUGCCUGCUGUUGAAGAGCCGCGGUGUUUUGGCAAAGCCAACUCACGUCAACAUCGUCCGCUUUGCUCCUCCUUUGGUCAUUUCAGAGGAGGAACUUGAUCAAGCGCUAGAGGUAAUUAAGCAGGCCCUGGUUGAUCUUGAUGAGCUCGAUGAGAUCCCAGGCGAGGUGGACAGUGAAAAGGGACACACCGAUACCUUAACCCUUUGA